AUUGAUCAACGCUUGUUGAAAUUAUUGAAGAACUACUUGACGUCAACAAUGUCUCAACAGAGGUUAAAAGAAUCUCGAGUUGUUGGAGGAGGGCAGCGAGAAGCCGCAGUGAUUGUCGAUGACUUUGACCGUGCAGAUGGAGAAGAAGAAGAUGGAAGCACGCGGCGACUGGCGACAUGCCAGACACCAGGUAGGCGAUCAUGCCACCCAUCGUAUCGAUGAUGAAGCCCUCAAUGGGGUGGCCGUAUAGCGCCCUGAACACAUAGCACGACGAGGCGGUGGUGCCACGAGUGGAAGUUGCAGUAGAGGAACCGGUUGGCGUGGAGGAUCCGGUGCCAUGCGUACUGCCACCUGUCGUACCAGAUCAUUGCCACCGCCAUUUGGAGGGCCACUAUUAGGUGGGGAUGAUAGCAUGGUAAUCUUGUCUUUGAGAUGUAUCAUUGCUAAUUGUGUUUGUAAGAUAAACUUUGUUAAUCCUGGGCUGCUGCAUAUUUGUGUAAGCACAGCGCCGGGUGGACUUGGCCAUCCUCUGGCCUUGCUGCAUGUGUGAGCGGUGAGGAGGCCUGGGGAGGGAGUGACAAAAGUCAGCAAUGUGUAGCUGAUAGUUGUGAAAGGGACAAUGCACUGUGUAGCAUGUCCUACCCAUUUACUGCAUCGAUAGCUGUUUGUAAAAGGAGGGGAGUUGCCUUGUGAAGCAACCUAACUCCAGAAGAAAUUAAUUGGAAGGCACCCAAAGCAUAGGGUGCUGAAACAACCUCUGUCUCGUGUGUGCGUGUGUGUUCUUGUUCCCCUGCUUCUACUCCGGUGAGAUCCAGGUUGCUCCGGCGAGCUGUGUGUGUAUUCAGGUCCCGAGUGAGUCCACUGUGCAAAGAGAGCGUGUGUGAGACUCUGGGGCUAACAUUUGGCCUCAGAGCUUGGCUGGUGUAGGAGGGGGGAGAAGGUGUGAUGCCGCCGAAACCGGUAGAUCCAGAGGUGGCGAAGAAACUCGCAAAAGAAGAGGCAGAUGCGGCGGAGAAGGAGGAGCAGUUGGCCAAGGCGGCGGAGAAGCUGAAGCUGGAGGCGGGGAAAGCUGCAGAGGGGGGCGGAGUCCUGACUGAACUCCCCGUAGCGGCCGUCGCACAGGCGCAGCAAUGACCGCGGCCAAACGUUACCUGGCCACAGUUGACUCGGACGAACUACGCAAUCUGGGCGAUAAAGAUGCGUGUCACCCUGCAGGCCGCGCACGUCUGGGAGGCGAUUGAGCGCACCGAUGUCGACUAUGAGAUGGACCGUGAAGCCCAUCUCGGGAUCUACUCGGCGGUUCCGGACUGGGUCAUGGCGUCACUCGCUGGCCGGGACUCAGCGAAGGCGGCGUGGGAUGCCAUCAGGGUGGCAAACGUCGGCCAUGAGAGGGUGCGUGAUGCCAGCAUGCAGACAAUGCGGCGGGAAUUUGAAGAACUGGGGAUGGACGAUGAUGAAGCCGUCGACACGUUUGCUGUAAGGAUGAACACCCUGGUAAAUGGACUCCGAUCCCUCGGUGAGCAUGUUUCUGAACUUCGAGCUGUACAGAAGUUCUUAGCUGCAGCACCUGCACGAUUUAUGCAAAUUGUCACUUCGAUAGAACAAUGUGUGCCCCUCAAUACUUUGUCAGUUGAGGAUUUGGUAAGGCACACGAAGAUAGAGUUCGAUCUAGAUUUGGUGACCCAAAGGAAGGGGACCAUUUGAUGCUGUCAAGAGCAUAGUGAGAAACACUUGCAGGAAAGAAGAAAGCAGGGGACAGUGGCUCUAGCAGCAGCAGUGGUACUAAAUCUGGUAAGACGGGGUACAAACCUGGCAAUGAUAGUCAGAGGUAUGAACCGAAAGGUGAAUGGAAAUUUGACAUUCGAAAAGUCAAGUGCCACAAUUGUGGGAGAAAAGGCCAUUUCAAAAAGGACUGUAAAAAGCCAAAGAAAGAAAAAUCCUUUAUAGCAGAGAAGCAUGGUGAUGAUCAAGAACCAGCUUUGCUGAUGAUGCAGAUGUGUGAACUGACACAAGUUGCUGAAGAGACUGCAGGUGAGGUUUACCUAAAUGAAGAAAAGGUAAAACCUGUUAGCAUGAAAAAAUGUGGUGAUCAAGUGUGGUAUUUAGACACUGGUGCAAGUAACCACAUGACAGGGUGUAUAGAGAAAUUCACUGAAAUUGAUGAAAUAGUGAAGGGAAAGGUAAAGCUCGGUGAUGGAUCCACAGUUGUUAUUACUGGUAGGGGCACAAUAUUGUUUCAGUGUCUAAAUGGAGAACAUCGAGCACUUUCCAAUGUGUAUCUCAUACCAUUCUUGAAAAGCAAGAUAAUCAGUUUAGGCCAGUUGGCAGAAAAUGGCUGCAAGGUAGUCAUUGAAGAUUUUUACAUUUGGAUAUAUGACAAGAAGAGGGUUUUAUUGGCCAAGGUGCGUCAAGCAAAGAAUAGGCUGUACCUCAUUGAUUUGAGUUUGACAAGACCAAUAUGUUUGUUGGCAAAACAUGGGGAAGAUGCUUGGUUGUGGCAUGAGAGAUACGGUCAUCUAAACUUCAAGUCAUUAAAGAAAUUUGCAAAUGAAGAAAUGGUGAGAGGACUGCCUCAGAUAAAUCAUGUAGAACAAAUAUGUGAAGGAUGCCAGAUUGGUAAGCAACGGAGGGUUGCAUUUCCCUUGUCUGCUACUUUCAGGGCAGAGGGUCUACUUGACCUGGUGCAUAGUUAUCUAUGUGGACAAAUAUCACCUCCAACACCUGCAGGCAAGAGAUACUUUAUGCUUGUAGUGGAUGACCACAGUAGGUUCAUGUGGGUAGUCUUGCUGAAAAAAAAGAGGAAGCUUUUGAUGCAAUGAGAAAGGUGUUUAGGAGAGCUGAAGUAGAAGCACAAAGAAAAGUGCAAGCUCUUAGAACUGAUAGAGGAGAAUUCACCUCUAGGCAGUUUGCUGCAUACUGUGAAGGAAAUGGUAUAAAACAUUAUCUCACAGCCCCAUAUACACCACAGCAAAAUGGUGUUGUUGAGAGGAGAAACCAGACUGUUGUUGGUAUGGCAAGAAGCUUGUUGAAAAGCAAAAAUAUGCCAGGGACACUUUGGGGAGAGGUUGUGUCGACUGCAGUAUACAUCUUGAACAGAUCACCAACUAAAAGUGUUGAAAAUAAGACUCCCUAUGAAGCAUGGUUCAAGAGGAAACCCAACAUUGAACACUUGCGCAUUUUUGGUUGUGUGGCAUAUGCUAAAGUCACAAAACUAAACUUGUCCAAGCUAGCUGACAAGGCUACACGCACUGUAAUGCUAGGAUAUGAAACAAACACCAAGGCCUAUAGACUGUAUGACCCUGCAACAAAGAAUGCUAUAGUGUCAAGGGAUGUGGUGUUUGAUGAAGAGAAAGGGUGGGAUUGGAGCAAGGUGCUAGAGAAAGAAAAUGAGAGAGCAAAGGAUAUUUUCACGGUCACAUACCCUGCAGUUGUGUUCUCCAGAACUGAACAUGAUGAUACAAUUCAGUCAGAGCCAUCAACAUCGAAAAAGGCAACAACAAAUGAGAAUUCAGAAUUUGAGCCAACCAUCGAAGAACCUCCUGCUGCACCAUCAACUCCUGGUACACCCCAAAUGACAGUUGUUGAUGAUGAGAAACAUGAGGAUCAAGGUUCCGCUUCUGAAGUUGGGCCACAGGGGUAUAGAAAUAUCCAAGAGCUCAUGGACAUAGCGCCACCUUGUAAUCUAGAAGACGAAGAAUUAUACUUCAUUGGGACAGAUGAACCAAGUCCAGUUAGUGAAGCCAAGCAAAACUCAAGCUGGAAACAUGCAAUGGAAGAAGAGUUAAAGUCAAUACUUGAAAAUGACACAUGGAACAUGGUGGACUUGCCAGCUGGGCAGAAACCAAUUGGUUUGAAGUGGGUCUUUAAAUUGAAAAAAGAUCCAAGUGGUAAGAUUGUGAAGCACAAGGCUAGGCUGGUAGCAAAAGGCUAUGUGCAGCGUAAGGGGGUGGAUUAUGAUGAGGUAUUUGCCCCUGUGGCAAGGCUUGAGACUGUGAGAAUGCUAGCAGCUCGAGCAGCACAGGAAGGAUGGGAAAUGCAUCAUAUGGAUGUGAAAUCUGCUUUCCUAAAUGGUGAACUCCUGGAGGAUGUAUUUGUGCAGCAACCACCACGAUAUGAAACAAAAGGAGAAGAACAUAGAGUUCUGAAAUUGAACAAAGCUUUGUAUGGACUAAAACAGGCACCAAGGGCAUGGAAUGCAAAAUUGGAUGCUAGUCUGAUGAACUUGGGUUUUAUCAGGUGUCCGUUAGAGCAUGGAGUGUACUUGAGAAGUACUGAAACUGCUCGGCUCAUUGUGGGGGUGUAUGUUGAUGAUUUGGUAAUUAUUGGGUCUAGCAUACUUGAGAUCAACAAGUUCAAGAGCUAGAUGCAGGAAUUUUUUAAGAUGAGUGACUUGGAUUUACUCUCUUAUUACCUGGGCAUUGAGGUAGUCCGGAAUAGCGAAGGCAUUUCACUCUGUCAGAAAGGUUAUGCAUUGAAGAUUUUGCAAAAGACUGGGAUGGAGGAUUGCAAUGCUUGUCAGGUUCCAAUGGAGCCAAAACAAAAAUUGACAAAAUCUGGAGAUGAACCAAAGAUGGAUGUAACCCGUUACAAAAGCAUAGUUGGGAGCCUGAGAUAUCUUGUCAACACUCGUCCUGACCUCGCAUACUCAGUAGGCAUCAUGAGCAGGUUCAUGGAGAGUCCCACUGAAGCUCACAUGACAGCUGUACAAAUACUGAGAUAUGUGGAAGGGACAAUGAAUUUGGGCUGUUUCUAUGCAAGAAAUAAUGAUGAACAUUCAGGUUUGAUGGGCUACAGCGAUAGUGAUCUUGCAGGUGACAUUGAUGAUCGAAAGAGCACAACAGGUGUAGUGUUUUUCUUGGGAUCAAGCCCUGUAACCUGGUUAUCUUAGAAGCAAAAAGUCGUGGCUUUAUCCUCUUGUGAAGCUGAAUACAUUGCAACAACCAUGGCAGCUUGUCAGGGAAUUUGGUUGAGCAGACUGCUAGCUCAACUGAAUUUUCAUGAACCAAAGGAGGUAGUGAUCAAGGUGGACAACCAAUCUGCAAUAUCUUUUUGCAAGAACUCUGUCCACCAUGAUAGAAGCAAACACAUAGACACUCGAUACCACUUCAUCAGAGAUUGUGUGGAAGAUGGGAAGAUCAACGAAGAGCAUGUCAGGACUGAUGAGCAACUUGCAGACAUACUGACGAAGUCACUUGGGCGCAUCAAGUUCUUGGAGAUGAGGGAGAAGAUCGGCCUCAAGGCAAUCCAGAAGUGAGUACAAGAUUAAGGGGGUGAAUGAUAGCAUGGUAAUCUUGUCUUUGAGAUGUAUCAUUGCUAAUUGUGUUUGUAAGAUAAACUUUGUUAAUCCUGGG